AUGUCUGAGAACACCACAGCCCCUUCUGAUAAUAUAACCAAUGAACAGAGACUUCCGUCUGGAUCCAAAGAUGAUGUGGAUACGUUAACACCUACCAGUCCUCAAAAUCAAGCUAAUGAUAUGAGGGAACUAGACGCAGAUGCAAACACUAAAGAUUUGCCAUCCAUCACAGACAUUCCAAUUAGUGAUGAUUCUGAUAUAAAACGACAUGAUGGUUCUGGUUUUGGUUCAAACCCGCAUCAUAUAGAGGACCCUCCAUGUUCAUCGAUCGACACAUUGAAAAAGGGUAUGGAAAAAGUUACCAAACAGUGUAACGAUUUGAAGACGGCCUUGCUUUCCAAAGACACUUCCCUGACUGAUUCUGUGCAGGAUUUAUUUAACUCUUUAAAAGUUUUAUCACACAAUCAAUCAGUUUUGGAGAAUAAAUUAGAUGAUGUCAUGAAGAAUCAGGUGAAUACUGAUGUAUUAGUCAAUAAUUUGAAUGAACGAUUGAACAAACUGUCAACGCUGUUGCAAAAUACUUCAAAAGUAAAUUACUCCAAUCUUCCCAUAGAAAAUUCAUCUAAUAACAACAAUUCACAGCAUAAUACCUCCUCUUCUCGAAGGGGACCUGGUAGGCCAAGAAAAGAUACAUCAACCUCCGCAAUGAAUAAGUUAGUGUCAAACGCAGCCUCGGCUAAUCCUAAAAGCUCAUCUAAUCAGAGUACUCCUCUUUCACCAGUAAAUAUUUCCUUACCGACUGCCGUAGUACAAACAUCUAAAUCUAAAAGGUAUUUUGUGGAGCCAUCAACGAAACAAGAUUCGCUUUUAUUAUCUGCCCCUUCGUCAUCAAGAGAUGAUGCCGACAUACCCUUGACUUCCGUACCGCAAAGAACGAGCCUUGAAAAUGGUAAAGAUCGACCAUCCACCGCCAAUUCUAGCUCCAUGACACCAACACCUGUUACGCCGAACAACUUAAUCCAAAUAAAAAGAAAAAGAGGCAGGCCGCCCAAAAAGAGAACGGUGGAAACAAUGAUAUCAAACUCCACGGAUACUAUAGAUAAAUCAGACGCUUCUAAUCGGAUCAAAACCGAGAUUCCAAUAAAUUCUUUACUUCCAUCCUCCAAAUUUCACCAGAUACCAUCAUCUCCAUCAAAUCCAACAUCACAACCGGUGCCGAUUCGGAUUUCGAGGUCAGCCACACACGAAACAGACUCUAAAAGUUUAGAACCAGCCUCUCCCAUUUCAACUAAUGGUGAUGCAAACACUGAGGAUUCAAAUGCUACUAACAUUGCUUAUAACAAUGCGGAAGAAAAGGUAGAUGGUGAAGAAAUUAAAACCCAGAAGGAGAAAAUAAUAACUAUUAAAACACCCAGCGAUAACAGCGGCAAUAAUACGAACAAUAAUAAUAAUAAUACCGAUAAUGUCAUUAAGUUUUCUGCUAAUUCGGACAUCAACAGUGAUAUUCGCCGAUUAAUGGUUAAUGACCAGUUUUCACUAAGUUACGAUGCCAGCGGUAAUAUUACAGUGAAGUUGCCACCUGUUUCCUCUCCUGCUGCGGCAACUGCUGCUGCUGCUGCCGCGGUUACGUCAGAAAUGAAUAGACAACAAAGAGAAUUAGAUAAAAGACGUGAUUCAAGGGAGAAAAUGCUUGUUAAUAUGAAAUAUAAUGAUCGUGAUAAAGCCAAAUCGUUUAUGGAAUCUAAUAAAAAACUAUUAAAAGCAAUGAAGGAAGAAGAGAGAAGGAAAAGAAUGACUUCAAUAAUACACGAUAAUCACUUAAAUUUGAACUUGAAUGAGAUAUCCACCCGUUCAAAGAUAAAAAGUAUGGAAAAACCAACAACCAAAGGUUCUUCGAUGUCGCCAAAACCAAGAUCGGCCUCUAUCAGUGUCAUGUCAGAUCACCAACAGGAAGGAUGUCAACCAGCGGAACAAGAAAAGCUGGUUGAUAUUGAUAACGAAGGCUCAAACGUAAAUAACGAUCCACUCAAGAUGGGUCUAACCAUAUCUGCUGCUGGAACUGUCCACAAAGUGGGAAUACAGUCCAUGUUAAAUUCUGGGGAAGAAGCAGCCGCCAAUGAUAAUGCGGAAUAUGAAAAGAAGGCUCUGGGAGAUGAAGAAACUACUACAUUUGUCCCAUUAGUAAAUUCGCCUUCUUCGGACGUAGUGAGGAAAAGGUCAUCAGGCGAUGAUGAACCAGGGAAUCAAACAGAGGAUACGAGCAUAUCCUCAAAAAAAAGGCGCACAGCGGAUCAAAUAAAAGGUGAAGAAGAUGAAGGAGAAACGGGUGUCAGUCAGGGCGAGAUGUUGGCCACUGUCGAGAAUGUCUCAGGAGACAUCUCCGCAGAUUUUUCCAAAGGCACUUCAUCUAUCCAUAACGAUACUGAAUCUGUUAACGAUAGUAGUAAUGGCAAUGGAAACCUCGGUUUGGGCACAGAGUCACGCAAUACUUUGUUGACGGCAACCCCCAUUGAGUUGAUUUGCCGUGAGGGUUUCUUCUACCGAAGGGAUAUUCCAGACGUACCCAUUACCACGGGAGCGUACCUGGAAUUUAAAUUCAAGGCCAAAGAAGAGGAAUUGAUCAAUUCUAGCAUCAAUGAAGAGGAUUAUGCUACCAAGUCAAAACAUGAAAAAAUGAAUGCGCAUUUUUUCAAGCCUGAUAUUCAAGAGGAGACGGAGCUUGCCUUUGAAAUUUUGAGCAAGACGACGCUGACAGAGAAAUACGUUAAUAGUUUGGAGUACUUCCUGAUGGAAUUCAGAUGGGAGAAUAAGCUAGUCGGACUAGGUCUGAAACUUAGGGAAUCCAAAAGAACCUGGCAAAGGAGAAAGGCAUUAUUUGCCCUUUUCGAAUUUUGGAGAGACCAAUCAAGAGACAAAAGAAGAUUCCACAAUUACACUAUCCUACAUGCGGUGAAAGAGAUGGAAAACUACAGAAUAUUUAUUAAUCGAUCCGUUUCAUGGUUCUACAAUCAUAUUACCCUGUUAAAAAUGAUCCUUUACGACCUCUGCGACAAUGUGACCACUCAGUGGAGAGAAUGGAUGUUUCCCCAUAACGAAACACUGCCGACAUUGGGUCAGGAUGGCAUCAACGAAGACAAUCUGAAUGAGACCAUCGACAACAUGCUAAUUUUCGAUUUUCUUGAUGAUGGUUCUGAAAACAACCAGGUGAAAUAUUCUAGAAUCAUACCGCCAGACAUCCGUUAA